AAUUCCCCAUUUGCAUGCCUCAAUCUUGACACUCCCUUUGCAUACUCUCUCCUCCCUCCUCCUCGUGUCCCUUCCUUAUUCGGGCCUCCGAAUAUCUGCCCCCCCUCAAUUUGGAUCCCUCUUCCUCACCUGCAUUUCUUGUGCUUUUACUCCAGUGGGGGAGCUUCCUGAGAAUGUACUCGGCGAUUCGGUCGCUGCCGUUGGAUGGGACGAUGGGCCAUGGUGGGGAGUACCAGGGCUCGCUUAGUCGCUUGACAGGACCAACUUACCUGGAGAUGCCUGCUUGGUUCUCACCACGGAUGCUGGACUGCCGACCUUCACGAGCGCUUCGUUGAUGCUGUUACCCAGCCUGGUGGUCCUGAAAGUGAGUUUGUCCAUUUCUUAGUCAUGCGUACCACAUUCUCUCAUCAUUCUGCCUUCAUCUCCAAUAUCUGCUUGCCUUUCCGCCAUUGAUAAGCCAUUGUG